CCACUGGGCCAGAAACAGCAGCAAGAUGACAGACCAGGGACCUGUGCGGGAACCCAGGCUCAUCAGAGAGGGAUAUCUAGUGAAGAAGUCUUAAUACAGUGGUGGACCAUCCAUGGGGAUGGGAAGGCAUUCUGUAUAUGACCAGAUGUGACACAAAUAAAUGGAGAUUCUGUUCUGGGCAGCAUGUUUAAUACCUGGAAACCCAUGUGGGUCGUGUUGUCAGAAGAUGCAGUUGAGUUCUUUAAGAAGAAGACUGACAACAGCCCUAAAGGAAUGAUUCCUCUAAAAGGAAGCACCCUAACGAGUCCCUGCCAGGAUUUUGGUAAAAGGAUGUUUGUCUUCAAACUCACGACUGCCAAACAACAGGAUCACUUCUUCCAGGCUUCCCAUCUUGAGGAGAGAGAUGUCUGGGUGAAAGACAUCAAAAAGGCAAUUAAGUGCAUUUUGGGAGGUCAAAGAUUUUCCAGGAAAUCAACCAAGAAGUCAGUUAAUCUUCCUACAACAAUCAAUUUGAGUACUUUGUAUGUCUCGAUGAGGGACCCUGACAAAGGCAUAAGAGAAAUGAAGCUAGAAAAAGACAAGAAAAUGUACAAUCACUGUUUUACAGGUAGUCACGUGAUUGACUGGCUAUUGUCAAGCAACUUCAUCCAAAAUCGCCAAGAAGGUCUAAUGGUGGCAUCUGCUCUGCUGAACGAAGGUUAUUUUCAGCCUGCUGGGGAUGUAGCUAAAAGUGCAGUUGAAGGCCUGUCAGAAACUUCCUUCCUUGAUGAUGAGGAUGCCUAUUAUUACUUUGCAGACAGUGGCUUUUUCUGUGAAGGAAACUCCAGUGAUGAUGAUGGCAUCUUCAAGGAGGAAUUCAGAGGAAUUGUGGUCAAGCAGGGAUGUCUAUUGAAACAGGGGCAUCGGAGGAAAAACUGGAAAGUACGGAAGUUUGUGCUGCGAGAGGACCCUGCCUACAUGCACUACUAUGAUCCUGCUGGGGGAGAAGACCCACUUGGAGCCAUUCACUUGAGGGGUUGUGUAGUGACAGCAAUUGAAGAUACACCAGAUGGAAAGAAGAAUGAAGUUGGGGGCAACUUGUUUGAAAUCAUUACUGCAAACGAAGUCCAUUAUGUCUUGCAAGCUGCCACCUCCACUGAGCGGACGGAGUGGAUCAAGGCCGUCCAGCUGGUUGCCAGGACUGGAAAGUGAAGAACCUCAAACUUCAGCCCCUCCCCCCCAAAAUGCCUUUUAUUCAAAGGAUUUUUUUUCUGGCAACACUUUGUAAUAUUGCUCAUAUAUUAGUUCCAGAGUGAUUUUAUUUUUAAAAACCUUUCUUUGAUAAAAGUUUGACUUAGAUUCAUCACAGUAUUUAACUCACUUGUGUCCUGUUGGCUUUCUCUAGCCAGUCAUCAUCUAAAACAGAAAUAUUUGUUAUAUCAAAAUGUUGUGUAGUUUUGUCGUUUACCAUUAAGGAAAGCUAAGCAGAUGCAUGAGUAAGUGUUCUCGGCCUUAUGAUUUCUGCAUUUGAUAUUAGCACACAAAUAUUGUUUGUGAGAAGUGUUUUGCAUAAAGUCACCACUGAAGUUCUUUGUGUUAUUCUGGUAUCAGAAUAAUGACUAACAUUGGCAUGCAAAUACACAUUUGAGGAUUUAAAAAUUAA